GCGCCGAGGAGGCCGGGUCUCCGCCCCUGUCCGGCGCGCCCCGACCGCACCGCGCGCCGCGUGCCGCGUGAGGCGGAGCCUGGCCCCCGAGCGGCGCGCGCACCCCGCCGCCUCGCGUCGCGUGACUCGGCGGGGGCGCGCGGGGUUAGCGCCCGCCCGCGCCACUUCCGACGCAGCCCGAGGUUCAGGUUCCGGGGCGCCGCGGAGCUCCCGGCCUGUGGGUUGAGCGUGGCCCUCUGCGGCGGCCGGGAUGGAGGAGGUUGGAGGGGCUGUGGCCACAGCCGGGGAGGCCGAACUGAACUUGUCUCGCCUCAGUGUGUCUCUCGAGACGCUGGAGUCGGAGCUGGAGGCGCGGGGCGAGGAGCGGCGCGGGGCGCGGGAGGCGCUGCUGCGGCUGCUGCUACCGCACAACCGUCUGGUGUCGCUGCCGCGGGCACUGGGCAGCGGCUUCCCGCACCUCCAGCUGUUGGACGUGAGCGGCAACGCGUUGACCGCGCUGGGGCCGGAGCUGCUGGCGCUGCGCGGCCUGCGCACGCUGCUGGCCAAGAACAACCGGCUCGGCGGGCCGGGCGCCCUCCCCAAGGGCCUGGCUCAGUCGCCGCUCUGCCGCAGCCUCCAGGUGCUUAACCUCAGCGGGAACUGCUUCCAGGAGGUGCCCACCUCGCUGCUGGAGCUGCGCGCGCUGCAGACCCUCAGCCUCGGCGGCAACCAGCUUCAGAGCAUCCCGGCCGAGAUCGAGAACUUGAGGAGUUUAGAGUGUUUAUAUCUGGGAGGAAACUUCAUCAAAGAAAUACCACCAGAAUUAGGAAAUCUGCCUUCUCUAAAUUACUUGGUAUUAUGUGACAACAAAAUCCAGAGUGUGCCUCCUCAGCUUUCACAGUUGCAUUCACUUCGUUCCCUUAGUCUUCACAAUAACUUGCUGACAUACCUGCCUCGAGAGAUCCUCAACCUUAUUCAUUUGGAAGAACUGAGUUUGCGAGGGAACCCACUGGUUGUUCGUUUUGUUAGAGAUUUAACCUAUGAUCCUCCAACUCUCCUGGAGUUAGCUGCACGGACCAUUAAAAUUCGAAAUAUUUCCUACACUCCCUAUGAUCUUCCUGGGAAUCUUCUUAGAUACUUGAGUUUAGCCAGCAAUUGUCCAAACCCAAAGUGUGGAGGAGUCUACUUUGAUUGCUGCGUUAGACAAAUUAAAUUUGUGGACUUCUGUGGGAAAUACCGCCUCCCUCUGAUGCACUACCUGUGUUCGCCAGAAUGCUCUUCCCCUUGCAGUUCUGCCUCUCACAGCUCCACAUCCCAGAGCGAAUCCGACUCAGAAGAUGAAGCUAGUGUGGCUGCACACAGAAUGCAGAAAGUUCUUCUUGGUUGAAAAGGGUGCAGGGUGGUUGAAACACUAAAAGACUGAGCAGAGGUGGUUAGAAAAGAGGAUGGACUUUGAGGUUCACUAGAAACUGUAUCUUAAAUGUCCAUGACAUAGUUGGAGAUUUUGUGUUUCUCGCCAUUCAGCAGGAAGAAGCCCAGUUCCGUGUUUGGAUUCUUGGAAUAUAAUUCGCUCUGAAUGGCAGUUUCAAAUUUAGCUGAUUGUUUGCAGUUUGCAGGCUUUGCAUGAAUCAUACAGCAGAAUGGAACAUUCUGCAGAGCAGUACUAUAAUAAACCACCAGUGCUUUGGCUUGUGACAGUUGACAUGAAGGUAGAAAUUAUCGCAGCUGUAAUUUUUACCAGUGUUGUCCUGAGUUUAGGUUGAACCUAUACCAUAACAGGAUUAACCCUCCUUUCUUGUAUUGCCCAUAUGUCUAGAUUACAGUUUUUCAGAUAAGCGCACAGAUGGUUACAUAGGACCUAAACCUUUCUCAGCUACUGAUUGCAAAGGAAGGGAUAUAACUCUUAUGUGGGGUUGUAAAACUCUUCAGUUCUGCUCCUUUGUUCUAUGCGAUUGUUGUUAUCCUUGUAUAAUCCAGCAGUGACUGUAAUAGUGCCUUAAUCAUAACAAGAACUUAGAAAUUUAUUCAAGAAAUGAUGCCAGAGCAGCCUAUAACCUGACAUACUAUGCAGAAUGGUUUAAAAUAUGCUUUAACAAAGCUAGGUAAACAAAUGUAUAUCUGACAUCUGAGCUCAUAGCCACCUUAACUUCAUUUUUGUCUAAACAAAUCACUUUUAUACUUAAUGGGGAGCCAACCAGCUUGAACUUAAGAAAGAAUAAUAGGUUUUGAUGGAAAAAUCUAUCCAAUUUCUUUCAACAGAAAAGAGUUGUUAGAUAGGAAACUUCUUUAUAUCUUGCAUUAAAGGAACAGGAGAAUGAUUUUAAAGGUUUUAGGAGUCCACUGUGGCUCCUUUGCCUGUGUGUUGAAAGGGCUUUCUUGGUGGCUCAGAUAGUAAACAGUCUGCUUGCAAUGCAGAAGAUCCUGGGUUUGAUCCCCAGAUCGGGAAGAUUCCCCUGGAGAAGGAAAUGGCAACCUACUCCAGUAUUCUUGCCUAGAGAAUUCCAUGGACAGAGGAGCCUGGUCGGCUACAGUCCAUGGGGUCACAAAGAGUCGGAUAUGACUUUGCCUGUGUGUACUGAACUGUAACUUCCUCCAAUUUUAAAG